AUGGGCCAGCUCAGUCAUUUAUUACCAGAGAAAACAAUAUCUGAAAAAGCCUUGGAUUCUAAACGGUGUCGACCAGCGGUCAGGCAAAUGGGACUUUUGACAGAUCCACGCCAGCGGCGACGCUUUGUUCUCAUCAUUUCUCGUUAUAACAAUCGUCUGUGUGCCUUGUUCUACAUCUCUGGUCUUCUCUGGUUCCUUGGCCUGGCAUAUGUCUAUCUUAAUGCUGGAACUUAUUUCUCAGAGAAUGCACUUUUGCCAGGUUUGGUUGAAGGGGAAUUUUAUACGGAGGCUGAUGUGAAACUGUACAAGAAUGAGAUGAAACAAGAAAUGGAGAAAGAUAAAAGGUUGUUGUCUCGGGAAUGGCUGUUCUCAAAAUUUGAAGAACUUGGUUUGGAAGUUCAUGUGCAAAACUAUUCUGUAAAAUAUCCACUGCAAUUGCUGGGAGAUCAGAAUGUCCCUGGCCAAAAUGUGUAUGCCAUUUUGCGGGCUCCCAGGGCAAGUAGCACUGAGGCUGUUGUCUUAUCAGCUCCUGUGCGCUCCCAAAGCAUGAUAACCAAAUCACUAACAGACACCAGUGGUGGAAUUGCCUUGAUGCUUGCUUUAACAAAAUUCUUUAAAAAGCAGACAUACUGGUCAAAAGAUAUCAUUUUUUUGUUUACUCAGCAUGAACAUAUUGGAAUGCAAGCCUGGUUAGAUGGUUACCAUCAAGUCCAGUCUUCUGAAUAUAUAUUUCCUGGCACUGUGUGGGGUCGUAGUGGCUCUAUUCAAGCUGCUCUGAACCUGGAGAUUCCCCCAGAAAAAGUGGCUUAUUACAACAUUAAGAUAGAAGGUUUGAAUGGACAACUCCCAAACCUGGAUCUUGUCAACCUUGUAGUGCGGCUGUGUCGAAGGGAAGGAGCCGCUAUUAGACUUCACAAUCAGUAUGACUACCAUGACUCUGAAAGUUUUAAUGGUUUUAAACACUCUCUGUUGACAAUGUUGCGCAUGAUGAAGACACAAGCAUCUGGUUCCCCUUCUGGCAAUCAUGGACUCUUCCAUCGAUAUCACAUUGAGGCUGUCACGCUUCAAGGAAUGAGUCGAGUUCAUGGACAUAAGAAUUUUGGCCUCAUGGUCACUGGCCGCAUUGUGGAAGGUAUAUUCCGUAGCCUAAACAAUCUUUUAGAGCGAUUUCACCAGUCUUUCUUUUUCUACAUCAUGCCAGCCACCAAUCGCUACAUUUCCAUUGGUCUGUACAUGCCUCCUUUUAGUUUAAUGGCUGCUGCUGGAUUGAUAAAAGCAAUUGCCAUGUGGAUUGGCCCUGAAAAAUCAGCACAAGAAGAAAACACAGACACAAAGAAACAAAGUAGCAAAUCAGAAGAGAAGGAAAAAAGUGAAUCUGAAACGCAAUCUAGUGCUGAGGUGAAGAAAGAAAGUGAAGAGGAAGAAAUUCCUGAAGCAGCUUCUACAAAUUUACUCAAUGAAGAGGAGGAGGAAGAUGAUGAUGAUAAUGAUGACGACGACGAUGAUGAUGAUGUCAUUGCUCAUGACCUGGAAAAGGCUGAGGGUACAACAAAAUCUCGAGACAUAUUAUCCAUUAUUCCAGUUCUUCUUUUGAGUUACCUGAUGGGUUUGAUGACUUACUACUCACCUGAGAUAUUUAGCCGACAGACAAGGCAACUCCAAAUUCAGACUGAUGAAGCAGUCACAUAUGGAUUACUUGCACUCUUUUGUGCAUGUCUCUUCUUCCCCAGAUUCAUCUCAAAAAAAACCAGUGAACUGGACACUGGUUUCCAAGUGGACUGGCCAUUACUAAAGUGUGUGGCUCUCAUUUUCCAAGCUGUUAUCCUUUUUUCCAUUGCUUUGAUGAACAUCUCACUUGCUUUUUUCUUGGCUGCUGCCAUGGUUCCUGUAUCUACAAUGGUACAACCAGUGUCAAACAAAAUUGUGCGGUGCCUUCAAUCAUUGCUGCUGCUGCUUGUCUCUCCUCCUGUACUUGUCUACCUGGGCUCUGUCAUCACAGUUUUGGAUGACCAGUGGCCCAAAUCCAGCUUUGAUCUUCUAACAAGUGCCUGGAACCUGAUGCGGGACACUACUCUCCUCAGCAUUCUGGAUUAUUCUUUGCUCUCUUGCUGGACUUACCCAGUUUUUUGUUUUGCCAUUUACCCCAAUUGGAUCAUGUUGUGGGGUGUUUCACGGAUGAGAAUUGAAGGCCUACUAAGUUAA